AUGGAUGCUGCCGCUGCCAACAGUCCCCUGCUCACUGAGCUGAGCAUCCUCCCCCGUUGCGAAGCCUGCCACCACGGCCGCCACGGCUUCCACUACCUCCUGGGCACAGCCCACGAAUUACGCUACUGGCAACACCAUCUUGCGCAAGGUCUGCCAUUUCGUCAACAAGAUGUCCGGGGGUUCGUAAUAGGGCGUUGA